AUGACACUGGUGUCCAGACUCCCACCAUCAUACAUUCCGAUCCCGAAUAAUGAACAUAUCGCUCCGCCUCCUUCGUAUCGCGAGUCGGUCCAACACAAGCCUUCGCUAGAUCUCUCCCAACGGUUCGAGAAGAAGCUGGCAGAAUACAAUGCAUCUCAGAAUAUUUUAAAGCGCUGGCUGUUUGAGAUUGUCAGCUUGACUGUCAGUGCAAUCUGUAUGGGAAUCAUAAUCGGCAUAUGCGUUCGCACCAAGGAUCAGCCUCUCAGCGAGUGGCCACUAGCGUCAACCGUCCAAAACGUACUGUCCAAAAUCGCGUCAGCCGCCCUCAUACUUCCAAUCUCUGAAGCUAUAGGCCAGCUGAAGUGGACCUGGUUCCGCGGCAGCGAAUCAAAAGACAUGAUCGACUUUGAGAUAUUUGACAAAGCUUCUCGUGGAGCCUGGGGUUCAUUCCUACUGCUCUUUCGCACGAAGGGGCGGUCGCUGGCUGCGCUGGGCGCUAUCCUUACCCUUCUAUUGUUGGCUGUGGAUACGUUCUUCCAGCAAGUCACAGACCUUCCUGAACGAUGGGAGCUCGACGGCUUCGGUGAGAUCCCCCGCGUGGUACGAUACGAAGGUGACAACGGAGACAUCUACGAGGACGGCUAUCCGAGCACGAUGGAGGACAUAAAUCUACGACAGGCUACGCUGAAGUUCUUCUAUUACAACGGUAAUAACCCCGUUCCGUUUGGGUCUGGAGAUCGGCCAGACAUACCGUUAUCGUGUCCGUCGAGUCGAUGCGAAUGGGACGAAUAUGAUACGCUGGGGGUCUGCAGUGCGUGCACGGAUGUUUCUGAGCUUCUAACAUAUGCCUGCCUUACGACAAAGUUAGACUGGAUAUCCAGCGUCUACUUCAACAGGACAACACAGCCCGUAGGAAGUGCAUGUGGUUAUUGGAUAAAUGCUACGAGUGAAGCACCUGUCCUGAUGUCUGGCUUCAGAACCGGCACUGCUGCCGCCAAUUCCUCGACCAAAGACGAGGCGUUGCUACUGCGCACAAUAGCAUUGUCGGCAGCGAUGACGUCCGUCAAUCCUCUCUCGGCAACACCGUUCUUUGGCGGCUCCAUACAUUUCAAGGAUGUUUAUCUGCCUUUCCUCGAUGCUAUAAUUGUUAGUGCAGCUGACGGCACCGCUUCCAGUGUGUAUGAUCGCCAACGUCCAGUUGCUCAAGAAUGCAUGUUAUCAUGGUGUGUCAAAACUCUCAAAUCCACCUAUGCUUUGGGGGAUUAUGAAGAGACGGUGACCAAGACAUUUCUCAACACUACUGCUCGCCAGCGGCCCUAUCCAUGGACGGGCCGAUCGGCAGUAUUUCUCGGUGAGGAGGCCUUCUGGUCGGAGUUUCAGGGAAACCUUAGCAUACGCCCUCCUGGAGCGGACCCAAGGGUUGAUGACUACGGCAUGUCAAACGAGACGUUCGCAAGAACUCAGGCACUAUUUGAUGAGAUCUUUCCCUCCACGAUCACGGUCGCGAACACUAUAUCGCCACCUUGGUGGCGCAUCAGAAUCUAUGCCUGGGGUCGCAACCAACUUCAUCCCUUCACGUCUUGCCCAUGGCUUGCCCCCAACAACGUUACUCGGUACCUUGAGAGGCUUGCAACUGCCAUGACAAAUGUUGUGAGAACAUACAAUAGCCAUGACUUUGUUCGAGGACGAGCUUAUUCGCAGACUACUUUUAUCGUAGUCCAUUGGGAAUGGCUUACAUUUCCCCUUGCGCUUCUAUUAUGCAGCCUAGUUUUUCUCAUAGCAACUAUUAUGAAAACAUCCAGGACCGCCGAUGGUGGAGUGGGUGUGUGGAAGACUUCGGCUUUACCGACAUUGAUAUACAGUCUGCCGAAAGACACGCAAGAGGCUGUUGCCUCGCAAAGCCGAUGGAAGAACGGUUCAGAGAAAGAAUCCAGGAAGGUCAAGAUCCGAUUGCUUCCGAAGCAUGGUUGGAGAGUCUCCGGUCAAGAGCACCUGUCACCAACGCCAAACACAAACAGCAGCCGGAGAGCACCUCCAGGAUGGAUUUGA